UGUGUAUUUUGACUGCUAACCGCGCAUUUUUGUGUAAUUUUUGUAUAGUUUGAUUAUGAUCCUAGGGAUAUAAUUUUGUUAAUGCUCAGGUGUAAAGUGACUUGACUGUUGCUGAGCUUUUUUGUGUAAUUUUUUGUGUAGUUUGACUAUGAUCCCAGGGAUAUAAUUUUUGUAAAACUCAAGUGUAAAGUGACACAAUGCUAAUUACAUUUGAUGAUCAAUAUAUUAUGAAUGACUUCAAGUUGAUGUACAGUUAAUUAAAAUAGUCUAACAAAUUAUGAUGAAUUCAACAUUAAUCAUACAGAAUAAUCAUAAGUUCAAUAUUUUGAUUAAUUUAAUAACUCUAGUGAUGAACUUCUACAACACUUUUGGACUUUUCCACUCAAUCUAUCAACUGAUCAAAUUGGGUUUCCAAUGUUAUAAAUAAGUUGUGUAAAUGAUGACAUAGUCUAUUUAUACAUAAAAAGGUAAUUUUGGAAUUUUAUAAAAAAUUCAGUCAUGUCAUCCACUUUUUGUAGUAUAGAAACAGACUGCUAAGUAUGGGGGUGUAAGUGAAGAGACAAUACAAACAAGAUGGGGUGACAAUGAAGUUUUAGAAUUUACAGGGGUGUCUCCAAAGAUAUGGUUAAUUAUAGGGGGUGUGGAUGAAAUUUUUUCUAAAAAUAAUUUAAAUACAAUAAAUAUUAGAUAAUAUCUAAUUUUUCUACAUUAUUAAAUUUUUUUAUUUAUUCUACCAAUUAUUUAAAAAAAAUUCACGUGUAAUGCCGUGUUUAAGGAGCUUUGGGUCAUGCUUAUGCAAAAAUGCAUGAUUAAAAAAAGGUCAAAUGAUAUUAACGAUGACCAUGACAUGGCAUUAUGCAACUGGAAGUUCCACCACUGAGACAAUGGCUGCGGCACAGGUGAAGUAAACCCUAGCAAUGUAUAAAAUGAAACCCUAGGCUUCCAACACAACCUGUCUUUUCUCCCUCCCCCUCUUCUUCCUCUCGGCCGCUUCAGCCUCUCUCUCUCUCAUCUUCAGUCCCCGGUUGCACGCCCGUCUUUUCUGUGUCUCAAGCUGCUGUUGCGAUCUCGCGUCACUACUGCAAACCUGCGUCAUCCAUCGUCCAACUAGAAAUGGAAGAAGAAGGAUGUGGAGGUGUAGUGAGAGAACAUCAACCAAUAUUCAGAGACAUAAGGAGAUAUUACUGCCAGUACUGUGGCCUCUGUCGGUCCAAGAAGUCUGUCCUCACAUCUCACAUCCUCUCACUCCACCAGGACGCAAUAAAUGGGCAAUUGGCUGAAGGAGAUGCGGAAAAGGAGGGGAAGAAAUUGAAUACUUGUGGAGAAUGUGGUGCAAGUUUCCAAAAGCCUGCUCAUUUGAAGCAGCAUAUGCAAAGUCAUUCACUAGAGAGGCCAUUUACUUGUCCAGUAGAUGACUGUCAUUCCAGCUACCGAAGGAAGGACCACCUGACUCGUCACCUUCUUCAACACCAAGGGAAGCUUUUUAAAUGUCCUAUUCAGAACUGUAAUCGAAGAUUUGCUUUCCAAGGUAAUAUGAAGAGGCAUGAGAAGGAAUUUCACAGUGAGGAAUCUGUGUCCAGUGAUGUGGAGGAAGCUCGGAAGCAGUAUGUCUGCCCAGAAAUUGGGUGCGGAAAGGUGUUCAAAUAUUUAUCCAAAUUGAGGAAACACGAAGAUUCUCAUGUUAAAUUGGAUGCAGUGGAGACCUUUUGUUCUGAACCAGGCUGUAUGAAAUAUUUCACAAAUGAACAAUGCCUCAAGGCACAUCUGCAGUCUAGCCAUCAGCAUAUUACCUGUGAGAUAUGCGGGACCAAGCAAUUGAAAAAGAACAUUAAGCGGCAUCUGCGUAAGCAUGAAGCACAGGGUUCAUCAAAGAGAAUAAAAUGUAGCUUCAAGGGUUGCUUGCACACAUUUUCUACUAGAUCCAAUCUCAAUCAGCAUGUGAAAGCUGUGCACUUUGAACUAAAACCAUUUGCCUGUAGCAUUCCUGGGUGUGGCUUGAAAUUCCCAUUCAAACACGUGAGAGAUAACCAUGAGAAAUCUGGGUGCCAUGUUUAUACUCAUGGAGAUUUUGAGGAGUCUGAUGUGCUUUUUCGGUCGAGGCCAAGGGGUGGCCGGAAAAGGAAGUGCCCAGCUAUAGAGACACUCACGCGGAAAAGGAUUAUUCCACCAAUGGAAUCAGAUUCUCUUAUUAAUAGAGGACCGGAGUAUUUCUUGUAGUUGCUCUCAGCAGAAAGGUGAGGACCAGCUUUUCUGUUGUGCUCUGUAGAACUGUCGAGCACAAUGUAGAUUGAUGAUGCAUUACAAUAUUGUUGGUAAUGUACUCCCAUUGUUUAUAGGUUAGCUGCAUAGCAUUUAAGGGUUAUGUAUAUUGUAGGUUAGGUCUGCUCAUGCAAUUUCAGCAAAACAUUGUAUCUCAAAAAUAUGCCAUGGUUGAUGUAAGGUCAUAUUUUAAUGAUGUUAUUGAACAUGGGUGACAGUCUGCACUUUGUUUUAUCGAUUGUGUCCGGUCUAUUCUUUUGCAAUGCUCAUG